CGCGCCGCCCCGGCCCGCCGGCUCAGAGCUUCCUCUUCGUGGGGGUCAUGACGGCGCAGAAGUACCUGCGGAGCCGCGCCGUGGCCGCGCACCGAACAUGGUCCAAAACCAUUCCUGGCAAGGUUGAGUUCUUCUCCAGCGAGGGUUCGGACACCUCUAUUCCCAUCCCCAUCGUGCCGCUUCCAGGUGUAGACGACUCUUACCCACCCCAGAAGAAAUCUUUCAUGAUGCUCAAAUACAUGCAUGACCACUACUUGGACAAAUACGAAUGGUUUAUGAGGGCUGACGAUGACGUUUACAUCAAAGGGGACAAACUGGAGAACUUCCUCAGGAGCCUGAACAGCAGCGAGCCGCUCUUCCUGGGACAGACCGGGCUCGGCACCACGGAGGAGAUGGGGAAGCUGGCGCUGGAACCAGGCGAGAACUUCUGCAUGGGGGGGCCAGGAGUGAUCAUGAGCCGGGAGGUGCUGCGGAGGAUGGUGCCCCACAUCGGCGAGUGCCUGCGGGAGAUGUACACGACCCACGAGGACGUGGAAGUGGGGAGAUGCGUGCGGAGGUUUGCGGGAGUGCAGUGCGUGUGGUCCUACGAGGAAACCUGAAAUUGAAAUUGGCUU